AUGGAUAAUUAUCAAGAUAAAACUUUAGAGAAAAGACGUAAAUUAAUAGAGGACAACUUUAAAGCAGAAGGAAAGGUAUGUCCUUUAUGUCAUAAGAAGUUAAAUCAUCAUAGUUUCAUUACCACAUUUUAUAGUGCAUUGUAUCCACAAAUAUAUCUCAAAGAAAACAGUAUCUAA